AUGAAACAAACAAAAGAAGAAAGUGUAAAAUUGUAUUUAGACUUCUAUGACAAAUAUACUUGGCCCCUAGAGAUAGCUGAGACUCUACUAGAAGUCAGACAAUAUCUUACAGAAUCCACAAUAUUGUCCCUCUUUCAAAAUUUCUAUUUUUCUCAUAAAGGAUAGCGAAUCAAUGAGUACAGUGAGUUUUCCAUUCCAGAUGGAGGAAAGUUGCAAGUUUUAUUAGGUACAGGUUUCAACAAUCAUGUAGAUGAGUUUAAUGAAAGAACAGCCAGAUUCCAUUUAAGAAGAGUCUAAGAAAUCAUUGCCAAUCUCUCACAUUAUCAAUAUCUAUGCAAAGGCAAAAAUCAGAAUGAAGAUUCAUUAUCACUAAAAGAAAUAGGGGACUUGCAAUUAAACGACAUCCUCCAACCAGCUAUCAAACCAACCUUACUCUUAAAUGAUGACAAUAAGGCUAUUAAAUAGAACGUGUAACAAUUGGGGUUGUCCUCUUUCAAUCCCCCUCCUCUUUCGCGAAAAUUAAAGGGUAAUGGAGACAACAAUAAUUAGGUGAUCUCUUUUAUAUUGUCCUUAAAACCAUUGAAUCAGUUGAACUAAUAAUAACAGCCUCUAAUUUAGGGUUUUAUGUCAAUAGCUCCUAAGGGAGAACCUUUGAGCCCACUCAAAAAAGUGAUUGCUACUACAAUCUAAUAGAUUUGAUAGUGGAUCACAGUCCCUCAUUUAAGUAAAACAAUGCAUUUACAUAAAUUUAGAAAGGAAUUAAUAAAUGCAAUUCCAGAGUAAUAACAACCUGCAUUACCAGCUACAAUAAGAUACAAUCAUAAAUGGUUAUCAAUUCAAGAAGUUCCUCUGACUUUAGAUCAUUAAAGAAGUGAGAGUUGGGCUUUGGAUUUACACGGAUUUGAUGUCUCAAGUUUGAGAGAUUGGAAUGAAGAAUUGCAAGUCUUUCGCUCAUUGCCCAAGAUCGAUUUGAUUCAAAAAUUGAAUAGAGACAAAGCAUUAUCAAAGGUUUAUGGAGACUUCGUGGAAGCAGCAGUAAGAGGAGCUUGUGCUGUUGUUGAUAAAAUUAUCUAGCCUCUGAAUCCCAUGGAUAUCGAAUGCUAAUAAGUUUACGUUUAUAAUCAGAUAUUCUUUAGUUUUGCCAUGGAAACACCAGAAGAUUUUAGAGUAUUUAAAAUUAUAUAAAUUAAAGUAAGAAAGUGGUCCCGAUGCUACACCAACAGUCUCAACAACUAAUUGCGAUUUUAGAAAUUUGUAGAUUCUACAUAAAUUAGACAUUCCUGGAUUGAGUGUUUUGAAUACUUGUUUAGUUGAUUAUAAAGGAAGAAGAGUUAUUGCAUAGUCUAUUAUACCAGGAAUUCUCAAUAGUGAUCAUAGCAAUUGCACUUAAUAUGGUUCAAUUGAUGAUGGAAAGACCAUUCAAAAAUCGGAAGAAUUUCACAAGGUCAUGUCAAAAACAUGUGAAUUCUUCCAUCUUGAUACUGAUAUUGUAUUUCUUGAUGGCAACCAACAAAAAUACUCCAUGGCUGGAAGCAUUGAAGUCAAAGGUAUCAUGGGAUCAGAUAAAAGAAUGUAUUUACUAGAUCUUCUAAGAUUAUCUCCUAGAGAUUAUAACUAUUAGGGGGAGAAUAAUUAAUGUUGUGUUUUAAGAUAUGAGUUACUUUAAAAUUAUUGGGUUGUUAAUACUAUUUAAAAAAUUAAACAAAAUAAUAGUGAUGAUCCAAAAACUUAAUAAGAGGCAUAUUAAAACAUCUAAAAUCUCUUGAUUGGCAAUCCAAAGGAAGGAUUAAAGUUAAAUCCAGCCUUGGGUACUAAGACAAUAUUAUAAUCAUCAGAGAAAUUGACAUAAUAAGAAGAGGAUUUAAAAAAAUUGUCUACAUUCUUAUUAAAUUAAGCAAUCCCAUAAUUAAUCUAAGAAUUAUCUUAACCAGAAACAUCUAGACACUCUGAUCUCAGCAUUUCAGACAUUUUUCAUUCUCAUGGAGUAAAUAUGAGAUAUCUUGGAAAAGUUAUCAGUUUUAUUCGUUCUGAAGAGUAACCCUCUUUAAGACUUACUUUGGAAAGAGUGGUCUUUGCUAAGACAUUGAAACAUAUCUUUAGAGAAUCUAUGAGAAAAGCACCACAGAAUCAAUUAUCUUAAGUUUUGUGUCACCUUUUAAAUAUUAUAUUCUCAAAUUCAAAUCCUUCUGUCACUAAUAAUAAAUAAGAAGACAAGAAGAAAAAGAAGAAAAACAAAAACAAAAGUACUUAAAAUGGUGAUAAACCUCACUUUAGAUGUUUAAUUCAAGCAAACAAUUAUUAAUAUCCCUCAUAUUAAGAGGUUUGGGAUUAAAUCAAUAAGAUAGCAGAAGCUAGAUAUCAACACAAAAUAGACUCCUCUAUAUUGAAUAAGAAGGGAUUCCAUAAAUUAUCUUGUUUAAGAGAACUGUGUUAAUAAAUAGGAUUACAAUUAGUGGCUAGAGACUACCAUGACUUCUAACCUUCUGAUAUAGUGGGAAUUCAGCCGAUUAUCAAAUUUAUAGAGUAAGUAUCAGAAGAUGCAAAAAAUAAUAUAGAAAUUGGUCAAAAGUAUAUGCUUGAACAUUAAAAUCUUCAUCAAGCUUUAGAAUCCUAUCUUACUGCAUCCCAAAUAAUAUUAAAUUUACAUGGUUAGAUGCAUAAAGAAUUAGCAAACUGUUAUUCUAAAAUUUCAGCGGUCUAUUUGAGAAAGUAGGAAUAUGAUGCUGCCAUACAUUUCUAAAAGCAAGCCAUUUAAAUCUAUACCACAAUUUAUGGUUAUGAUCACCCUUUGACAGUCUAAGCCAUUACAGCUUUGUCUUUAUACUAUUUUUCCACUAAAAAUUAUAAAGAAGCAUUCAAUCAUAUGUUGCAUACCUUGUACCUUGCCAAUUUAAUUGGAGGAGAAGGCUAAGAAGUAUUUAAUCAAUAUACAAAUUUGUCCUUGCUUUAUUCAGAAAGUGGUUAACAUUAGAGUGCUCUGAACUGUUUAUUUGAAGGACUCGAAAAGUGUGAAUCAUUAUUUAAAUCCUUUUAAGGGACAGAAACUUAAUAAUACAAAUUGAGAGUAUCUGGAUAUUAUUCAGCUAUUGCCUUGGAACAUGGUGAAAUUGGAGACUUCUAAAAGGCAGUUGAAUUCUAAGAAAGAGCUUCUGAUCUAUUAAAGAGAGUAAUUAAACAUAUUUAAACUAGACACUCAAACCAGAAGACACUAGAGUAAAAGAAGCAGAAGCUCUACUAGCCAACUUAAAAAAGGCUUUGAAUGAAAAAAGAAAGGACACUCAAUAAUCAAAUUUAGGUAUUGGUAUCAUUUAUAAAUCAAUAGACAGCAGAAGAUAAUUUGGCACCAAUCGCAAUUAGUAAUAAAAAACAGAAUAGUAAACUUAACAAAUUUCAGAGGAAACAUAUGUCGAAACUGAUAAGGUAUUAAUAUGCUCAAAAUUAUAGGAAAGAGAAGCGUUAUUAUAAAAAUUAAGAGCAGCCAAAUAAAGCAUGAAAUUCAAGAAUAAGAAUUAGAUGGAUAUAAAUCGAUACAUUCUUGCCUAAUAACUUUAUAGACAAUAACAGUAAUAAUAAAAAGAAUGA